CAGCUGGUGCUGGGCGCCUCUGGUUGCAUUUGCAGCCGGCCGUCUAGUUUGGGGAUGGCAUGGCAUGGCACGCAUGGAUUCCGGCCACCAAUGGGGGCUAGCUCGCCGUGCGUGCCGAGCUGAGGAUCGAAUUGGGUUGGAUGCUUGGGCGAGAGUUCUUUCUAUCCGAUGGCGUAGAACAGAAUUUGCUCAAGCAUUCGAUCCGCAGCUCCUCCAUUUCAUCCUAGGAUUAAUAAUUCCAAUCAACAAGGAUAUCGACAUACAUACAAACGAUGGGCAUCUUGUGCUGUUUCCAGUCCGGCGCCGACAAACUUGACGAUGCUGCUGCGCCAAAUAAGAAGCAGACAUCGUCGGAUGGCGGCCUGGCCACCCUUGUCAACGAAAUGGUCGCAGGAUCAGUGACGUACCAACACAACAGGCGUGUGGCGGAGGAGCUCCUUGGGAUGAACAAGGAGGAGGCGGCGGCGACGACGCGAGCCUUCACUUACCACGAGUUGUGGGAGGCCACGGGCGGGUUCCGUGUGGAGUCGAUGUUGGGCGAAGGCGGAUUCGGUCCUGUGUACCGUGGUCGGCUUCAGGACGGCGGCCGUGCGGUGGCGGUCAAGCAGCUGGACCGCAACGGCGUGCAGGGCACGCGGGAGUUCCUAGUGGAGGUGCUGAUGUUGAGCAUGCUCCACCACGACAACCUCGUCACCCUCGUCGGCUAUUGCGCCGACGGGGCCGACCACCGCAUGCUCGUCUAUGACUACAUGCCGCAUGGCUCGCUCGAGGACCACCUCCUAGACCUCCCGCCCUCGGCCCCAGGGCUCGACUGGUGCACGCGCAUGCGCGUCGCCCAGGGCGCCGCCAAAGGGCUCGAGUACCUCCACGACGCCUCCCGCCGCCCUGGCCCGCCCGUGAUCUACCGCGACUUCAAGGCCUCCAACAUCCUCCUCGACGCCGGGUUCAACGCCCGCCUAUCUGACUUCGGCCUCGCCAAGGUGGGUCCCGUCGGUGACCGGACCCACGUCUCCACCAGGGUCAUGGGCACCCGUGGCUACUGCGCCCCGGAGUACGCUUUGACAGGGAAGCUCACGCCCAUGUCCGACGUCUAUAGCUUCGGCGUCGUCCUCCUCGAGAUCAUCACCGGACGGAGGGUACUCGACGCGGACAGGCGGCCCGACGAGCAGAACCUUGUGGCAUGGGCCAUGCCCAGAUUCAAGAACAAGAGGAGGUUCAAGGAGAUGGCCGACCCGCUCCUUGGGGACGCCUACCCGAUAAAGGGGCUCUACCAGGCGCUCGCCAUCGCCGCCAUGUGCCUCCAGGAGGACGCCACCAUGCGACCCGCCAUCUCCGACGUCGUCACCGCCCUAGAGUACCUCACCGGUCACCCUCCUCCCCGUCCAUGUACUACUACUACUCGUGAUGACGUCGCCGAUACGGCAGACUAACUAAACUGUAAUGCAAAAUUUUCUUCUUCGAUUUUCACAUGGAUUUUUGUUGUGUAACCAUAUAUAUUAUUAGUUUGUUGAGAAGAA